AUGAUUGUUUUGAGAAAUUCUCGUCGAAGCUGUAUGAAGUUUGAAACAUUGAAACAAGUUCGAGAGUUCCUGUGGGUCAAGGAAUUUCAACAUUUGAAAAUCAAGAUCUGUGAAGAAAGUGCAACAACGAGAAGUGUUAAAAGGAGGUUAGCGGAUUUGCUUUUCGAAAUUUGCAAAGAUUGCGAGAGAAUGGCCGCUAUUCCGCAGGGUGCAUUUGCAGCGUGCAAAGUCCGCCGCAAUUUAGAACGCAAUGCUAUGAUAACACCACCAAUAGAGGAGAGGGAAAAAGCGGGUAAAGAAAACACAUUCAAUAUGAGACCCCCUUCGGAAGGCCGAGAGCUUACACCGCUAAAAUAUAAUAGCAAAUUAAUGAACAGCAUCUGGGGACUUUAUAACCGUUAUUCGGUACAUAAUUUCAAGAAAAACAAUUCUAAUGAUGGGAUGUUUGGUAAGUUCGCGGCGAUUUGGGAGACUAUUUCUCACAGCCAUGCAUAUGCCGCGAACUCGGUAAUUACAACUGCAGUUACCAACAAUAACUCUCAAAUUAUACAAAAGAGAUGAACAGUAUCUGAUGAUUUGAUGAUCUGAUAUGUGUAAUAUCUGUAUGAUCUGUAAUGUGUAAUACUAUAUAUGACUUACGAUUAUAGAGAAUUGCAACAGUAUUGCAUAUUCUUUUUACAACUUUUUUAAUUGUACGUAGAUAAAUAAAAUACUUUUCCUGACAA